UUUGCCUUUACUACAAAUUCUUCCUGGUGACAACAAUCAAAGCUGACAGUGGACAUCCUAGGGCUUUCAGCAGCGAGCAGAGCGAUUGUUUAGGUGAACACUAUGGGCAAAAUAGAGUGGGCUAUGUGGGCCAAUGAACAAGCCCUGGCAUCGGGACUCAUUCUCCUUACUGGUGGCAUAGUGGGGGUGGCUGGCCAGUUCAGAGGCUGGCAGUUUGCUGCUUAUGGAGUAGCUGCAGGGGUGUUUGUGUGUCUGUUGGAGUACCCAAGAGGGAAAAGGAGCAAGGGCACCAGUGUGGAAAGGACGGGUCAAUACUGUUUCACUGUAUGUGUCAAAUCCUUCGGGCCACUGACCAGGAACUACUAUGUCAGAGCUUUUCUACAUGCAGCGCUCUGUGUUCCUGGAGGGUUCAUGCUCGCCACUGUCCUCGGAUGCGUCUGCCUGGGCAUUUCCAGCCUUAUCUACCUAGGAGCGGCAAUUCACGGUGAACAGUGGAUGCCCAUUCUUCCACAGAAGGAGCAGACCCGAAAGCCAGUCGGAGAGAGCAUCAAGAACCCUCCUCAGAAUCCGCCUCCCAGGCCGCCGGCAGAGCUGCGCAGGAAACGGGUAGAGGACCUGGAGGGAGCUGCUUACGUCAACCCCAUCGCUGUUACCGCCAACGACUAAAAGAGUCCUCUGUGUCUCUGCCCCUGCCCCACCUGACACUUUACCUACCACCAAAUCUCUCCGAACUAAGACAGGGAUGUGUUUCAGUCUGGGCCGCCUCCAGAUUCUGUGACUCCAGCCAGAUUAAGAUUUUCAGGAGUUCAGUGAACCUAAUGACAGGAUGACAUGCAAAGCCCUGUCCUGUGUAAUUAAAUCUUCAGAGAAAUGUAUUUGGAUAAAAGUUUUGUUACAAGAACUAUGAGAGACAUCAAGAUUGGUGUAAAUUAAUUGUCAGAUAAAAGGAGCUGUGAUGCACACAACAGGUUGACUUGACUCUUGAAUAAUCUGGUACCUCUAGCUCUAACUUGGAGCGACUGGCUCAAACUGCACAGGACACAUAAGAAAUAAGCAAUGUCCUAGAAGAAUGAGGGCUUAGGUGCAGACAGUAAUGUUACUAAGGCUAUAGAAAUUGGUGGAAAUCUUGGCUAUGCACAGUUAUGACUGCUGUGAUAAAUAUCUCAGUACAAUCAUUGUUUUCCCCUUUCCAAAAGGCCUUGAUGCCAUAUUAAACAUUACCAAAAAAAAAAAAAGGUUUUGUGCCUUUAAUCAGUUUAAGAUGGACAUUUUAUUCAAACAAUCUUAGCAGUUCAUAUUCACAUUGUAUAUUGUUUAUCACAUGUCUACAUAGUUUUUUAUAGCAAGUCUGUAUAUUAGCGGUUAUGUUAUACAUGGUUGUCAAGGUGAUACUGAUAUAUUGGGUUUCAUCUUUGCUUUAAAGAGCUCCCGAACCCACCAAGAAGACUUUUGACACUUUCAAAUGUUUCAAAUGUACCCUGAUUUUAUUUGAUUUUAUUUAGUUUUUGGAUGUGUGUUAAUGUUAAGAUCUUUUUUGGGGGUUUGUUUGUUUGUUUUUCUUUCAUUGGGAGUUGUGUCAUGAAACAAUCAUCAUCAUCUUUGCCAUAAAAAUUGACAACACAUAUAGCCUCAGGAUCCAUACUUACCCUCUGUACUUUUGAUGAGUUGUAAAUAAAUCUCUUUAUCGCCGGAAGUUGUGA